CUGACGCCCGCCAUUUUGACGAAGAGUGACAGUGUCGUCGAACGAGACAGAGAAAACAUUUCCAUGGUGGAUGUUGGUGACAUGCUUUAUGUAGGGCAGAUAAUGUGAGAAACGAGAUGUCCACGGUCACUCAUGUGAUACCUACUGGUCAGGCUUUUUCCGCAGAUGGUCAACAAGUGAUCAAUCUGGUCGCUUCUUCUGUUGCCUUGGCAACACCAAACCAAGAUGGAACCAUGGUUUUCAGUGAUGCGUCAGUCUUGGUUCAGCCGCUGUACACACCUUCCGGCCUCCAGGCCAUUCAGUCUCCAAGUACAGACGCCAACAUGGACAGGGAAAAACAGGCCAUCUAUAAGCACCCACUAUUCCCACUGAUGGCAAUGUUGUUUGAGAAGUGUGAGCAGGCCUCAGCUUCUUGCGAUGUUGCGAGCCCACAGUCUAUUUCCGAGGACAUGCAGGUCUUCCUCAUGCACCAAGAGAAGGAAAACACCCCACUGCUUGAAGAAAAUGGGGAGCUGGAUAACCUGAUAAUCAAGGCUAUCCAAGUAUUACGAAUUCACCUGCUAGAGUUAGAAAAAGUGAAUGAACUCUGUAAAGACUUCUGUCAGAGGUAUACCAAUUGUCUCAAGGGCAAGCUUCAAAGCGAAAACCUUUUAAGAACUGAGUCUGAUUAUGACCAAUCAAUGUUUGACGAACCCCCGACAGAAGAAGGACUAGGGACUGUUCAGACCCUCGUGUCGACUCCCACAGGGAGUGGGCUUAUACUUCAGCAGCCAACAGUAGCUACCAUGCCCACCCUGGGGCCUGGACAGAUAAUGUCGGGAGGAACGAUAUAUCAGAUGGUUCAGACACCGCAAGGGCUAGUGGCUCAGCCAGUACAGAUUCAACAGACCAUGUCUACACUUAGUCCACAGCUGAUCCACGGCAGUACGCCUCUCUCACAAAUAGGAGUCCCGACAUCAACUUUAUCUUCAGUUUCUGUACCCAGCUCUGCAGGAUCAGGACCUCUCAACAUGCCUUUGAACUCAAUGGCAGGCAGUUUUGACUCUGAUGAUGAGGAUACAAGUAAAAGUAAGAAGUCAAAGCGGGGAGUACUGCCUAAAUCAGCCACACAGGUCAUGAAGUCAUGGCUCUUCCAACAUAUUGUUCACCCAUACCCAACUGAGGAUGAGAAGAGGCAGAUUGCCACACAAACAAACCUCACCCUGCUACAGGUCAAUAACUGGUUUAUCAAUGCUCGUCGGCGAAUACUUCAGCCCAUGUUAGAUGCUGGAAACCCUGAACAGUCCAAAACGAAAAAGCCUAAACCUCAGACAAAACCACCACAGCGGUUCUGGCCAUUCGGAUCAAACCAGGGGUCAUCAGGGGCUGCGACCUCGACCAUGACCCCUCCCCCCAGUACUGUGACCUCGCCAAGCUUGGCUGGAGCAGGGUCUUCUAUACAGACGCUUGUCAUUCCUUCUGGGCCUUUAUUCACUGCAGAUGGCCAGCUAGUCUCAAUACCAGGGAUGAAUAUGCAUGACAUGAAGGGGUCGAUAAAACUGAACAUUAGUGAUGAUGACCCCUUGUCACCUGAUAUGAAGGAACCAAGUGAUACAAACAAUAACAGCCACAACACAGACAAUGACUCAAAUGAAAACGAUGGUCUAACAUGACCCAGUUCUCUGGGAAUGGGAUGGGGGUUAAAGUAGUUGGUGUGCGGGCAGGGUUGGAGGGGAUGGAGAUGAAAAGGUUGGAAAAUAUUGUUCACGAGGGGUUGUGAGGUCUAUGUGUGAUAAACAUUGGGUAAUUUAUGGGAGGUAUUUUCCUGUUUAAUAAAGGUUGUGGUAUUUCACAGAAAGCCGAACAAUAUACUAAUGAUGGUUUUGUAGGUCUAGCUUAGGACCAACAUAAAUGUGCUACUUUAAAACACUUUACCAUAUGCUUUCUGAUGGUAUAUUGCACUUAAUCAAUGUGAUAAAAUUGUUAUCCCACUGUCUUAAAACAGCAAAAUAACAUUUAGAAAUCAGUCUCUGUUUUGAAAAUUUGAUAGCUAUGCAAAUCAGCAGCAGUGCGGACAAAAUUCAUUGUGUAUGGACAUGAUUUCUGAAAUGGUCGGAUAUUAACAAUAGCGCUGUUUUCCAAUUAAAUACUAUUUCUGGUAAUUUCAAAUGAGUUCUAUCAUUCUAUAAAUGGAAUAAUUGUUUGUUUCAUUGAGAUAUUGAUUAUAUUACAUCUCAUGAACAUUGAAUGUUGAUAUACUGUAUUCACUAGUUGGUGCGCCACUCAUGGAAAUAUGCCUUUUUGAUACACACUUGAUAGAAUUGCUAUCUGACCUCAAAAAAUAAUUAUGAAAAUGAACAUUUGAAUUGACAAGAAAACCCAGCGAAGAUAAUUUUAUUUACCAAACUAGAUAAUAAAGUGGUGCGCACUAAAAACAUCUUCAAUGUUAGUGAAAUAUUGACAUAUGUACACAGAUGAACUAUUUGACUGAAGUAUUAACAUAUGUAUACAAAUGAACUAUUUGACUGAAAUAUUGACAUAUGUACACAAAUGAACUAUUUGACUGAAAUAUUGACAUAUGUAUACAAAUGAACUAUUUGACUGAAAUAUUGACUUAUGUAUACAAAUGAACUAUUUGACUGAAAUAUUGACUUAUGUAUACAAAUGAACUAUUUGACUGAAAUAUUGACUUAUGUACACAAAUGAACUAUUUGACUGAAAUAUUGACUUAUGUACAAAAAUGAACUAUUGGCCGGAAUAUUGACUUAUGUAUUAUACAAAUGAACUAUUUGACUGAAAUAUUAACUUAUGUACACAAAUGAACUAUUUGACUGAAAUAUUGACUUAUGUCUUAUACAAAUGAACUAUUUGACUGAAAUAUUAACAUAUGUAUACAAAUUAACUAUUUGACUGAAAUAUUGACUUAUGUACACAAAUGAACUAUUUGACUGAAAUAUUGACUUAUGUAUUAUACAAAUGAACUAUUUGACUGAAAUAUUAACUUAUGUAUACAAAUGAACUAUUUGACUGAAAUAUUGACAUAUGUACACAAAUGAACUAUUUGACUGAAAUAUUGACUUGUGUAUACAAAUGAACUAUUUGACUGAAAUAUUGACUUAUGUAUUAUACAAAUGAACUAUUUGACUGAAAAAUUAACUUAUGUAUACAAAUGAACUAUUAAACUGAAAUAUUAAUUUAUGUAUUAUACAAAUGAACAAUUUGACUGAAAUAUUAACUUAUGUAUACAAAUGAACUUUUUGACUGAAAUAUUAACAUAUGUAUACAAAUGAACUUUUUGACUGAAAUAUUAACAUAUGUACACAAAUGAACUAUUUGACUGAAAUAUUGACAUAUGUAUACAAAUGAACUAUUUGACUGAAAUAUUGACUUAUGUACACAAAUGAACUAUUUGACUGAAAUAUUGACUUAUGUACACAAAUGAACUAUUUGACUGAAAUAUUGACAUAUGUAUACAAAUGAACUAUUUGACUGAAAUAUUAACUUAUGUAUACAAAUGAACUAUUUGACUGAAAUAUUAACUUAUGUAUUAUACAAAUGAACUAUUUGACUGAAAUUAACUUAUGUACACAAAUGAACUAUUUGACUGAAAUAUUGACAUAUGUAUACAAAUGAACUAUUUGACUGAAAUAUUGACUUAUGUAUUAUACAAAUGAACUAUUUGACUGAAAUAUUAACUUAUGUACACAAAUGAACUAUUUGACUGAAAUAUUGACUUAUGUACACAAAUGAACUAUUUGACUGAAAUAUUGACAUAUGUAUACAAAUGAACUAUUUGACUGAAAUAUUGACAUAUGUACACAAAUGAACUAUUUGACUGAAAUAUUAACAUAUGUACACGGAUGAACUAUUUGACUGAAAUAUUAACAUAUGUACACGGAUGAACUAUUUGACUGAAAUAUUAACAUAUGUACACAAAUGAACUAUUUGACUGAAAUAUUAACUUAUGUACACAAAUGAACUAUUUGACUGAAAUAUUAACUUAUGUAUUAUACAAAUGAACUAUUUGACUGAAAUAUUAACUUGUGUAUACAAAUGAACUAUUUAACUGAAAUAUUAACAUAUGUAUACAAAUGAACUAUUUGACUGAAAUAUUAACUUAUGUACACAAAUGAACUAUUUAACUGAAAUAUUAACUUACGUAUACAAAUGAACUAUUUGACUGAAAUAUUGACAUAUGUACACAAAUGAACUAUUUGACUGAAAUAUUAACAUAUGUACACAAAUGAACUAUUUGACUGAAAUAUUAACAUAUGUAUACAAAUGAACUAUUUGACUGAAAUAUUGACUUAUGUAUUAUACAAAUGAACUAUUUGACUGAAAUAUUAACUUAUGUAUACAAAUGAACUAUUUGACUGAAAUAUUGACAUAUGUACACAAAUGAACUAUUUGACUGAAAUAUUGACAUAUGUAUACAAAUGAACUAUUUGACUGAAAUAUUGACUUAUGUAUACAUAUUAAAUAUUUGACUACAAGAUUGCAUACAGUUAUGAAAUUAACAAUGUGAGAAAAUCUCAAUAUUGUUCUGAAGAAAGAUAUUUCAAUGCAACCAAAGAAAUGUUUUCAGCAGCAUUUAAAUAUAUAGAAUAUAACUGCCAAUUGGUGCCUUAUUUAUACUAUAAAUAAUACUUGCAGUUAGAUCUAUCAUGUCAUGAUCUCUGACAUACAUUUUGACUGUUAUAAAAGAUAAAGUUGAUAUGUUAUGUGGGAUUUUAAUUAUGAUAACGUUUUUGGUGUUGUGUUUGCAUAUUACUGCUUAAUAUUGAAUAAAUAAUGUGCUCUUUAACUUCAUUAUAUUUUCUCGGGUGAUUGACAAAAAAAAUAUAUGUCAGUUACAUUGAUAUCUGCAACAACCAGUCGUUAAUAUCCAAUUCAAUAUUUAUGUGUAAAACUACAGAAACAAGCUCAAUAGCCAAAACUUUAAACAUAAACCCUGUCUUAAUGGCACUGGGUAAAUGCCAAAGACAUAGAACACAAAAACAUAAAAUCACAAACAAGAAACAUGGAACAACAGAAUAAAACUCCACAAACAGCACAGUGCAUAUAUACUACAUGUAUAUAAAAUAAUUAGGUAUGUUUAUCAAGGAUUGUAAGGUACGGUAAAAGUCAAGACAAGUAACUUACCCUAUUCUACAUCUGUUUUUGUUGUAAAUGUUUUAUUUUAUAACCAACAGUUUCUGUCUUGUAUUAAAGAGUGGAGGUUGACAAUAAUCAUGUAUAAUGUGUAGUGCAUAAAUUUACAAGUGAAUAUGCAUGUGCUGAAGAGACUUAUUUGAGCUUCUUUGUGUUCAAAUGAAACACAAUGUUGUAUAACAAAGUUAUUUUGCUCUUGACUUACAUUUUAUAAAGUUGUAUACCAGGAGUAAAAUAGAAAGAACUAUUUCUGAAAGAAAAACAGGCAACAUAAUUUUGAAAGAAAUGGUCAACAUGCUUUAACUUUUAUACAUACAUUUUUAUAGCGUUAUUCUUAAAUAGCUUGUGGGACGUAAAAAUCGAGUACAGAUUUAUUUCUACUGUAUAGUUUGUUUUUAAAUUUGUUGCGCUCAUUUCUUUAGUGGUUAAGCUAUUUUGAAAUUGUUUACUGACUUGCAUGCUGUUGUUAUAAAUGCAAUAAUUGGAAAAUUGGUACAUGCUUUAAUAAUUGUACUGAUUUGUAGAUGUGGAAUUCUAUGCAAUAGGAUUUCUGUCUUUGCAUUAUCAUACCCAGUCUUGAAUAAACUUACAAAUAUGCA